UGGCUCAUCACCUUCCCCCCUUCCUCUCUGCAGAGACCUGAACAUCCACGUUUGAUCCGUAGACUCACUGAAAGGACAGAACUCAUCUCACAUGCUUUUCCUUUAACUUUUCCUUCAAUCCAACACACGUUUUUCUUUUUAAUUCCAUUUUAAAUUCACAAAUGUCUCACGUUCUGGGCCGGUUUUCAUAGAACGUGACCUUAAUGUGUCGGCGUCCCGUCGCGUGUAACCCUGUUUCUGUGGUGAGGCAGAUAAAGUCCCCUCCACAGGUGGACUCUUCAGUCCUGAUGAGAAACACCAAAUCAUUCUGAGUUUGAUCCAAAAUGUAAAAACUAAAAUGAAGCUGAUUAAACUGAUGCUUCACUGUGAAUCAGUGCCCUGCCCUUCCCCUCGCCUCCCGUCCUCACUGAUGGACACUGUCCAACGGCUGAAGCUGCUGAGUUCACAGGAAGCUGUGUCGUAAAUAUUCCACGCUGUUUCGGGAGUUGUCCGUGAGUCAGGGAGAUGCUCGUCCUGUCUGAAGGUGUGGAGUGUGAGCAGUGGUUGCAGACACACACACAACAAACCCCGCCCCCCUCCCGCCCCGCCCCGAGACACGAACGAACGAACGAACAAGCGAACGAACGUUGCUUUACGAAAAGGACGGCAGUCAUGGAAAACCCCACAGAGGAGCUGCAAGAAGGGGGAGGAGCCACCACUGAGAUGAAUGAAGAGGAGGUGGAGCCUACAGAGGAGAAAACGCACAGCAACCUCAAAGGAGCCAUGAACGGAGUGAUGGAGGCGGCAGCGAGUGGAGGAGAGAAGCUACAGAACGGAGACCGAGGAGGAGGAGGCGACGGAGGAGGAGGAGGAGUAAUGGAGGCUGAAGGAGGAGGCGACCUGUCCUCCAUCAAUGCCAUGAUGUCCACGGUGAUGUCGGCAGCAGGGACCAUCAAUGGUGAAGGAGAUGGAGAAGGAGAGAGCGGAGUGACCUCAGCCAACUCCUCUGCUGGGCCCUCCCCGAGCCCCUCCCCCAGCAAGUCACUCACGGCAGCCAUGAGAGCCCCACCCAGCCGCAACGCACGACGCAACCAGGACACCAAAGAGGACAGCUCAGCUUGUAUCUGUCCGCUGUGCGACAAGAGCUGCCAAACACAACACCAGCUCACCAUGCACAUCAGACAGCACAACGCAGACACCGGAGCGACGGACCACUCCUGCAGCAUCUGUGGGAAGUGCCUGAGCUCGGCCUCGUCGCUGGACAGACACAUGUUGGUCCACAGCGGGGAGAGACCCUACAAAUGUAGCAUCUGUGGACAGACCUUCACCACCAACGGCAACAUGCACAGACAUAUGAAGAUCCAUGAGAAGGACCCAGCCAGUGGUCUGCUCCCUGUCAGCCCCCCCUCCCCCACCAAACGCCGCCGUCCAUCCGUCAAGAGGAGGCAGGGCCCGGAGGAGGAGAACGGAGAGGAGCCGCCCAGCAAGAAGGUGGUGGAUGACGCGGCGGCAGAGGAGUCGGCGGCGGUGCUUCGUGGAUCGGAGGAGGAGCUGCUGCCCUGUCCAAUCUGCUUCAAGACCUGCAACUCCAGACUGGAGCUGGACGCACACAUGGACACACACCCGGACACUGCACUGAGGUGUGAUCUCUGCUGCCUUUCUUUCCGAACUCACCGCGGUUUGUUGCGUCACAAUGCGGGGGUUCACAAGCUCCUUCCUCAGGACCCCAAUGGUCGUCCCUUCAUCCAAAACAACCCCUCCAUCCCCACUGGCUUCAACGACCUGGCCUUCAUUGACUUCUCCUGCAAGAAGUUUGCUCACAUUGCACAGGUUUGGUGUGAGACUAACCUUCGUCGCUGUAUCAGUAAGUUCCACCGGUUUGUCUGUGAUUGCUGCGACAAGGCUUUCCCCCUUCGCUCUGCCCUUGAACUCCAUAAAACCACCUCCCACCCCGACAAACCCACGACCACUGACACGGAGGAAAAGGUGGAGGAAGCUGAAGAUGACGGAGCUGCAGAGAAUGGCGCGGAGAACAACAGUGAGGAUGCAGAGAAAGUCCUGCCCUCGGAGCAGGCCGGCUUUUUGGAAGCGCUUGGUCUUCAGCACAUUUCUACGGUGAAGCCUGGUCCCACGGACGAUGAGAUCCAUCAGGCCCAUCUGGACAGCAUCAAGGUGAUCCACGUGGAGCCACCAUGCUCCAGCCUUCCCCAGGAGCCGGCUUCCGGUUACCUGUCUGGAGGGCUGGGGCUGACCUUGGGCCUGGGUGUUGGUGGUCUGGCGGCCCUGAGCAUCCCACUGCUGGAUCCCUCUGCCUUGCAGGGCCUCUCACAGAAAGACGCCCUCAGCCUGCUGUCCCUGCAGCCCUUCCAGGCCGGCUUCGUCCUGCAGCCAGAAGGGGGCGCGGCUUCGUCGGGUGCCAAACCUAGUGAGGCAGGUGGAUCUGGGAUCAUGGAGCUGGCUGACAUCCAGCAGAUCCUCAAAGUAGCUACUGCAGCACCGAAUCAGAUGGGACUGAGCCUCCCACCUCUGGCCAAAGCUCCUGGACUCACUGGAGGUCAAGGUCAAGUACAGGGUCAGAAGGCGAUGCCUCCGUUGAAGCCCAAACCUCCCAUCACCCCGCGCUCCAGCCUCACAGCAACAACUCCUCCCCCCCUCCAGAGCUCCCAGCAGGCCUCACUGGGCUGCAUCAGCCCCAGCCUGCCACCUCCCACCCCCUCUCUCUUCAAAACACCCUCUUCAUCGUCCUCUUCAGCUGGGAACGGAGGGCAGUUGGAUGCAGAGUGCAUGGGUGACGCUCGCAUGCCAUUGUCGGAUUCGCCACCAGCUGCCACCACAGCUGUGCAUGAGGAGGCGGGGCUUAGCGGGAGAAAGCCAGCAACCAAAGGGGGAAACAACAGCAACGCCGGCUCGGCUAAAGGCUCGUUCCCGUGCCGCUUCUGUGACCAGGUGUUUGCCUUCUCAGGCGUCCUGCAGGCUCACAUGCGCUUCCACCUUGGCAUCCUUCCUCACCAGUGCAACAUCUGCGACUAUGUGGCUCCAGACAAAGCUACGCUGAUUCGACACUUGCGGACGCACAGCGGUGAGCGACCAUACGUCUGCCGUGUGUGUCAUUAUCCUUUCACUGUAAAAGCCAACUGCGAGCGCCACCUUAGGAAGAAGCACGCAAAGACCUCGAGGAAAGACAUUGAGAAGAACAUAAAGUACGUCACCUCCACCACUACGGCGAACAUUGCAGCAGCAAUCACUGCUGCCACCACCACAGCCACCCAGGACAUGGAGACGGGCUGCACCGGAGCUGAGACAACGUGCCGGUUCUGUGGCGAGGACCUGAAGACCUACCGUGCGCUGCAGAUUCACCUGCGCACACACAACGGCUGCCAGAGGAAGCCGUUCGAGUGCCGUCGCUGCGGUGCUGCCUUUCUGGCCAAACGCAACUGCAUCCACCACCUACUGAAGCAGCACCCCGAGGUGCAGGAGAGGGAGAUAGAGGAGCAUAUUGCCACGCUCCAGCCGGCUGCUGCGCCCGUUGCUACCGUUGCCUCUGCCCGAGCUGCUCCUGUGAAUCAAGUGGUGUUGAAUGGGAUCAGUCAGCCUCCACUCCAAGCUGUUAAGGUGGAGGAACUGGCUAGUGUGGUUUAUCCUGCAGAACUGGACCAGCCGCUGGAUUUCUCUGCUAAAAGUCGUGGAGCUGGGAGCCAGGCGGGGUCUCCUGGGGUCAAACUGGAGAGCGUCUCCCCCAGCUUCGACUGCUCCGUCCUGGACCAGCCGAUUGAUUUGUCCAUACCCAGCAAGAGGCAGCGGAGGGAGGCAGGGAACGCAGAGAAGAGGGAGAUCAAGACGGAGCAGAGUGGCGGCAGCAUCCUCGAGCAGCAGCACGCUCUGGCUCUGUCCAAGGACGAGAAGGCGGGGAGCGCCCUGCCUCCUCUACACCCUCACCCCCAGCUCGGCUGCUACCAGCUCCCCCCUGGCUCCAACCCUCCCCCCGCCUCCCUCUCCAAUCUCAGCAACUCUUCUCGAGCCCAGCGCCUCAAACCACUGCUGCCCAAACCCACCUCCGCUUCCUCCUCAGCCUCCACUGCCCUAAAAGAGCUCCCCCCUCUGGCCUCCAUCGCUCAGAUCAUACACUCCGUCUCCGGAGCCCCAGACCUGCUGAAGAGAGAGGCCACCACUCUGGAAGGCAAACCCCAGGCGGGUGUUGCUUCCUCUCAGGCCGAUUCAUCCUCAGAUGCCCCGGGACCCUCCGCUGGUCUGGAGACACAGAGUGAUGACACAUCUGAGGGAUCGUCCAGAAAACGGUCCAGGAAGAAACCGGCAGCCUUGGCAGUGAAGGAGAAGACUGUUGUGAGUGGCGGUGGAAUUGACCUGGAGUCCAGCGGAGAGUUUGCCAGUGUGGAAAAGAUGCUGGCCACCACCGACACCAACAAGUUCAGCACCUACCUGCAGACCGGAGCUGCAGACCUGGGAGGAAAGAGAGAUGGUGACAGAGCAGGAGCAGGGGAGGAGAAGGAGGGAGCGACGAAGGAGGAGGUGAAGCCUGUGGCAGCGCCGGCGGCUGUGGUGCCUCCACCCAAAGGGAAGAAAAACGCCUACUCCAACUCUGUGCAGAAGAUGACCUGCCCCUUCUGCCCCCGAGUGUUUCCCUGGGCCAGCUCUCUGCAGAGACACAUGCUGACACACACCGGUCAGAAGCCGUUCCCCUGUCCAAGGUGCGACGCCUUCUUCUCCACCAAAUCUAACUGUGAGCGCCACCUGCUGAGGAAACACGGUGUGACCCACAGGACGCUGCGCCGCAACGGCGCCCUUAUGAAGAAAGACGGAGAUGAGGGCUCGCACGAGAGCGCAGAGAGUCAGUCAGAGACAGAGCAGGUUGCACCAGAAGCACAAGACCUCAGCAGCGGCACCGCCCCCACAGACACAGACACCGCCCCCACCUGUGAGAGCCCCACCCCCACAGAACAACAAGGGGCAGUGUCAACAAAAACAAGCCCCAAACCAAGCCAAGGUUGUAGUCCAGCUGAAAAUGAUGCAGAGCAGCUGGAGACAGAAACCACAGAGCAGCCAGAGCAGAAGGAGGCGCCAGAGACCAGACCAGCACAGGGAAAACAGCCUCCACUGAGCAACAGCACCAAGGUGGAGAGUGCAGACGACGACGAUUGCCAUAGCAACAAAAGUCUGGACCUGAACUUUGGCAAAAAGCUCAUUGACUUCAAGCUCUCAACAUCCUCAGGCUCCGCUCAGGAAGAACAAACCUCCGAGCCAACCUCCUCUUCAUCUUCCUCCUCAUCAUCCUCUACCUCUGCUCCCCAAGUCACUAAAGAGAGCCCAGAGAGGGAGGAGAAAGAGAAAAGCGCCUCAACCACCACCUCCUCUUGUUCCAGCAGCCCCGUGGUGAAGCAGCAGCCUGAGUACAAACACGUGUGUCGGGUUUGUAAGAAGAGUUUCCGUUACGCCACAACCCUCGCUCGCCACGAGAGGGCACACCUUUCUGAGGAGACGCCAACUCCAGCACCACCAGAGACACCACCGGUGAAAGAGGAGGCCACGGGGAGCAGCGCCACCAAAUCGACUGAGGAGGAGAAAGAAGAGGAGCAGAAGAAGGAGACAGAGAUAGAGGUGGAGGAUGGAGGAAUGAAGGGAGGUGAGAGUGAGGCAGGGGAGAGCGGGGAGUCAGAGGAGGAGGAGAAGGAGAAGGAAGAGAGGAGCGAUGAGGAGGCGUCAGAACCAAAGAGUCUGGAGGGAGGAGAGGCGUCAGGAGGACGAGUGGAUAAAAGGAAGAAGAUCUGUAAUGUAUGCGGCAAAAGAUUCUGGUCCCUGCAGGACCUGACCAGACACAUGAGGUCACACACAGGUGAGCGGCCCUACCAGUGUCAAACCUGUGAGAGGACUUUCACGCUGAAGCACAGUCUGGUUCGCCACCAAAGGAUCCACCUGAAGCCCCGCAGUGCCGAUGGAUCCUCUGCUGCGAACGACGACGCCAGCGAGGACGGAGACUCUUGCACCCCGACCCCGACCUCCACCUGCCCGCCCUCAGAGAACGAGAGUGAGUGUGGGAGCGCCGCUGCCGGGGCCAAGGAGCUGGAAGAGGAGGACGGAAAAGAGGAAGGAGAGGGUCAGCAGGAGGCCUGUGAUGGAGCAGAAUCAGUCACAGUGGAGGAGGAAAACCCUGCAACUCCGUCUGGUGCUGAUUCAGAACCACCAACCACUGUUGCUUCUGAAGACCCCGAUGUAGAGGAAAAAUCCAGACUUUCCACAGACUCUGCGACACAACCACCCUCCGUUGACACGACUCCCAGCCAACAAGCUACUGACACAAACACAGCUACUAGUGACGACUCUUCAGCCAGCAACCUGAAAUCAACCCCCGACUCAAACACCUCCAAAGAGCCCUCUCCCUCCUCCUCCAGCUCUGCACCAGGAGAGACAACAACAGCUGCCCCCACAGAGGGCUUCAUCCAGGGGCUGCUGGAGAUCCAUGCCAAGCCCUCUCUGGAGCAUAUCCUGCCCAAUGGAGAGCCUCCUCUGGUGGGAGUAGACUGAGAGGAAACUCCCUCAGCUACAUAAACCAACAUCACCACAGUGCCAUACGAUGGAAAGACGCUACACCAUUGAUGAUGAUGAUGCAAAAACCAGCCCAGAAAACUUUUUUGAUAGACGAAAACCUCGUUUUCUUGAAGUGCCUUACUACUAGUCCUACUUCUAUGAUGUUUUUCGCUAUAUCUUUAUCUGCAUUAUUACGGAGGAUGGAUCUAAUUUUUAUAGCUUUUUAUGAUGACAAUGAUUUGCAUUACUAUUUUUUGUGCGAGGAAUCUAUAUUUCAGCAAUAAAAAGAAUAAAGUUACAAUUUAUUAUUGUUCUAGAUUCUGUUUGAGAAUUUAUGAUCAACUUAGGAGAUGCAGAGAGACAGACAAAGACUGAGAUGGACUGUCAGUGUCUGCGUUUAUUCUUCUGUAUUUAAAUCACAGCCACACAUCAGAGACUGAACAAUCCAAUUUUAAGAUUUGAACCAGCUUCGGAUCUGAGAACGAACUAGUCAGGAUGGGGAACUUGACUUCUUUUUUUGGUCCGUCAGCCACAGCAGCUUUUCAGAAUUCACAAUUCACCAGCCGCUCCUGUUCGACCAGCCGUUUAGAUAUUUUUGGAUUAAGUCGAAACUGGAGGUGCUGGCUGGUGGAGCCCAGUUUCACCAGCAGAUGAAUGGCCACCACAGAUGGCUGGUGGUCGUCUCCCACUGUUGGCCAAGGAAGCUUUUUGUAACUGGAAAAGACAGAAAAGCCGGCGUGUUGUCAUCUUUUUUUUUGGCUUGCUUCCGCACCAAUCGCUGUCUCUCAGCUGGCUCGGACAAAAAAAAGAAAAACACAAAAACAUUCUCGAACUUGACAAAGUCGCACCAGAUUUCUGUGUGAAAACUUUUGAAAGGGCAGAUGAUAGUGUUGAUCAGUUUGUGCUCUUCAUGUUGUGUUUUUUUUAAAAACCCAUCACACUAUUGAUCCCCUCAAAGCCACCCUGUGAGUUGGUUUGUGUGUUAAUAAUUUCUCAUUCAUAAUCAUUCUCAGUUGAUUCCAUGUGUGUACAGAGUUGAACGUUUGGCACGUGAUGCUAGAGUAUUUUCUGUUUUUCUGCGUGUGUGCGAUUAUCGGUGAUAUUUAGGUGUAGGGAGGGGAAUUUUUGCGUUUUUUUUUUUUUUUUUUUUUAUAACUGAACAAAUCAAAAUUUCUUGUGUAUGUGAAAGUGUGACUCCCACCUGUCUCUCAUUGCCGCCCCUUAGUCUACAUUUAGGGUUUAUUACAGGGCCUCCGGUGUGCUAAUAUUUAUCACUGCUAACACCUGACCCAGGUUCAGUUUACCUCAACCUCUGCUUUUUAACUGCAACCAUUAAAACAAAAGACGCGCAGCGCUGUAGGCAACCCUUUAAAUCCUGUGUCUUCCUAAACAGGCUAGCAGGGCUAAUUCUGUGCUAGUCUGGUUUCCACUUUGGGCCAAAUCAGCUAGCCAGGCUAACUCAUUAGCAUGGCUUCAAACACAGCUAGCCAGGACUAAUAUGUCUAGGCUGUUACUGGCUUGACUUGCACAAUGGCCCAUACACAGCUAACCAAGGCUAACUCUGUAUCAAUGAUGAAAAGGCAAGGGCUAAGUCAUUGCUAGCGUGGUUUGUGCAAUGAACUUUAACACACAGUAGAAAAACUGCAUAAUCUUCACCACACUUUAUAAAAGGACUAACUCAGCUGUAGUUAUUAGCCUGAGUUGAAUAAUCAGACACAUGCUAAGUAGUGCUAGCUCAUUAACUGAGCUGCUGAGGCCUUAACUGGGUGAAUUUCUUGGGUACGUUAACUAGCCCUCGUUAUCUGUUAAUGUUAGCCUGAGGUUUGUGCAGUGGGCCCUUAGAUAUCAACCACAGAAUAAAAGCACAUGCUAGCUAGGGCUAACUGACAAGACCAGACAAAAUAACGUUGCAUUAAUAGCAGCUAAUAGCCUAGCUAGUCUACUUCCAGUAUUAUCACAUCAUCUUGAGUUGGUCCUGGGCUACUUCAGUACCAUUUGUCCUUAUUUAUCGCUGUCCUCUCCAUUUACAGAUUUGUCCCUCUUUUCUGUUCUGGUCUGUUCAGAGACAAGAAAAACUAAAAAAUCCUGUCCUUUUGAAAACACCUGAACUAAACAGUCAAACUCAGUGUUAAUGCAUUUCGCAUUGGAGACGAUCAGUAGUAUUUAUCAAAUAGAAAACUUACAAAAAUUAUAAAUUUACCCCCUCAGUUGUAUUUUAGUAUGAUUUCCAGUGGGAUUUAGAUGACAGGGUGAAAGGGAUGGAUGAAUGAAUGAAUGGAAGGACAGAUGGAUGGAUGGAUAGGUUGGGGUGGGUGUGAGUGCAACACUAUUUUGUGUUCCUGAACUGUGUCACCCUGCUGCACACACAAACAAACACAAGUAAAAGGGCUAAUCCAUCCCCUGCUUCAACCUUACCGGACAUAUCCACAGCAGAAAAAGGCGAUGACUUUGGAUCACUUACUGAUCCCAAUAUCACGAUCUGAGGGACGGGUAGUGUGUAUGUGUAUUUUCUUUGUCUUGUGAAGAUGAAAAUAGCUAAUUUUUCUUCUUGUACAUUUUCGUCUUUGUUUAUUUUUAUAUCGAGCAACCUCAUUAGCAAAACGAAUCGAACCUCAGUGGCUCAUAACGGAACUGUAAGGCAACGACGGUCGGUCAUUUAGUCGGUCAAAAAGAAACAUUUUGAACAACCACAACUGGACUGGCUGUCUGACUGACUGGACAUUGUUGUGAACUGGCACUAACAACUUCCAAAACUACUACUACUACUUCUUCUACUAGUACUACUACUACAGUGGAAUAUCGUGACACAAUCAAGAGAGAAAGAGAACGAGAGUUUCCUUCACUUUGUUUUAACGUUCAUGUUUAAACUCAAAGCACCUGUCCAACCUCAGGUUUGAUUUUUCUUUGAGUACAAUGAACAGCACCUUGGAUGCAGUUAAUUCAGAAUAAAGUAUUAGUUUCUCUUACAUAGAGUGCCUUUACUGUGGCUGUUGCUCCUCAGGCCAGUCCAAAUGGUCACUUGCACUCUUGAAAAUCAAAACCCACAGCAUCCAAACCUCUGAACACUUUGUCAGUGGCUAAUGUCCCGUGAGAGCGGUGCAAAAAACAGUAAAAGUUACAGAGGAAUCAAAAAUGUAAUCGAUAGACUUCUUAGUGCAGAAGGAUCACCUGCUGCACUGGGUUUCAUGUUUGGAGUAGACAGGAUCAAAGAGCUGCGCAUGUCUUGAUUUUGGUCUGAGUCAAAAACUUAUCUUGAAAAUUUUCUCAUAUUUUCUCAUUCUUGAUUUUUCAACUGCAAACUGGCUGAAAUGUGUUCAGAUAAAUUCAGGAUGUCAGUAGCUAUCUUGCUGACUGUUAUUUGUUGGCUUAGUCUGUAAUGGAACAAUAAGUUCAGAUUUACGUAAUCAUUUUCGUAUCAUUGAUUCCUGACUCAGUCAUGUCAUGUUUCUGUGUCGACAGAGGAGGUUUUAAAAUCAGUGGGCCAUGCUACACAGCUAACAAGCUACGUUAUCCUCUUCCAUUUUGGUUUUCUGACUGCAUUGUUGGGAGGUUUUGCUGUUGGUCAGUGGCCUAAAUUUGCAUUAAUUUUUUCUUUUAUUUAAACCAGUUAAAAAUCCUGUUUUGAAAGUCCAAAAGUUGGAUGUGAUGCGAAUUUGAACGGACUUACUUGAAUCCACCAAUAACGAGAAUUGAAUUUAUUUUGAAGCUGAAUUUUGCCAUUUUGUGCCUUGGCCCUUAUGCUUCUUUCCUCCUUUUGACUACAGUGUAAAAAUUAACGUAUAAGCACAAGAAACCUUGACCCAAAGC